AUGAACAAGAAGCCCAAAUACGAGCCGGGCGCAAGAGAGGUGGAGUCGCGGCACGACUCGGAGUUGGAGGACGUCUCGGACACGUCCGAAAACUGUGAAUGUCUUUGUUUGCUGAAUUCAGACUCGGAUGAUGAGAAGGUGGCAAGGGGGCGCCAACCAGAGUGGGUCCCAGCCUGGCUGUUCACAGCUUGGUUUGGCAUCCCCACCGAGGUGAAAGAGAGGAUGGAGAGCAAGCGCUGCGAGGAGAAGAAGCACAAACUCACGAUGUUUGACGUGUCCGGUCCGGCACUGCGAUGGCUCUGGUUUUGCACCGCCAUCUCCUGGACCUAUUCCAUGUGUCUGCCCUGGUUCGCAUACAACCUUAUACCGUGCACAAGCUUUGGCCAGUUCAGGUACCCUCUUUGGCUGUGGUGGACCUUUUUACCGGUUCUGAUGACACUGGCCAUUGUGGAGUGGAGGUGCCUGAUGUACACUAUCGUGCCCGUGGCCCAGUGGCUGGAGGAACUGAGCGUGCCCUUGGUGGGCAAGGCUCCCUUCGGGCUUUGGCUGGCCUUCACCGGAGUCCAAAGCUUGACCUCCCACGCGGACGUCAUGACGCAGGGUUUGCUUUUGGCCUCCACUUGGCGCAGCUUCAGCUGCCCGGGCUGGGACCAGAUCUCUGUGGCCUGGGAAUCGGUAUGGGACUCCUCGCAGGUGAGCUGGAUCUCGGCUGGUAGAGACCUGAAACUGAUAAUGCUGCUGAGCUGGGGUGUCCUGAUAGUCCAGCUGCCUUUGCAUGUUUUGACUGCUUUGCCAUGCCGCUGCGUGGAUUUCCGUAUGGGGAUCAAUCGCAAGUAUGAGUCGUCAGAUUGCGAGGACCAGGGGGAGCCAUAUGGCUACACAACGUGGAUAGGCACUACGAUUUGGCAUGCGGAUGCGCUCACAAAACUUGCGUUCGCGAACCGUAUGGGUGCGCUCAGAGACCCACAGUUUGAGCUCAGCAUGCAGCGCGCAAAGGACGAGGUGUCGCGCAAUGCGAAUCGCGGUCUCCAGGUUAUGGGCAUGGCGGGGCGCCUGGUUUUCCUUCAAGCAGUUUUGAUAAACUUGUGCCAGAACUGCACCAAGCUGGAGUUGCAGACAACUCUCUUUGCGCUGGCGCACAUGAUCGAGCCAGAUGUCGACUAUCAGGUGGUGCUUGCUCUAUUGCUGGCAAAUGCAUCUUCGCUCAUGUCCUUGCUGACUUUGGUCAGGAAAGUAUGCGAACUGAGGAUAGAGAUGUCCAGCGCUUGGGAGCAGGUGUGCGACUUAGAGCGGCCUUUGCCUGCACUGUAUGAGUACAUCGUAGCAUCUCUGUACCACUAUCUGACAGUCGCUGCUAUAGCAAUUUGCGUUUUCGUGCAGAUUCACUGCAUUGCAAAGUUUGCGAUGGCCUUUGUUUGCCAUGAUGCAGUGUGGAAUCUUCCGAACAACUGUGUAGAUGUUCAGCUUUCCGACAAGAGCUGA